CGGAGUUCGAGAGAGCUAAGAAGAAGAGAGGCGCGCGUUGAGGCAGGCAAGAAGAGCUCCGCCACUGGCAACCAUGGACGCUAAGAAACACGUAGCCAAUUUCGGCGCAGGACCUGCUAAGCUCCCGCGAUCGGUAUUAUUGGAAGCCCAGCAAGAAUUGGUGGAUUACAAAGGCCUUGGUAUUAGUGUCCUUGAAAUGAGUCACAGAACAUCUGAUUUUUCAAAAAUCAUCAAAGCAGCUGAAAACUGUUUACGUGAACUCCUCAAUAUACCAGACAAUUACAAAGUGCUAUUUCUCCAGGGUGGUGGAUCUGGCCAAUUCAGUGGCAUUCCACUUAAUCUCAUUGGGCUCAAAGAAGCCAGGUGUGCUGAUUAUGUUGUUACAGGAGGUUGGUCAGCCAAGGCAGCAAAGGAGGCCGAGAAAUAUGGAAAAGUGAACCUUGUACAUCCCAAGCUUUCAAGUUACACAAAAAUCCCUGACCCAAGCACCUGGAACCUUAACCCUGAUUCCUCUUAUAUCUAUUAUUGUGCAAAUGAGACUGUUCAUGGUGUGGAGUUUGACUUUGCACCUGACGUUGGAAAAGCAGUCUUAGUUUGUGAUAUGUCAUCAAACUUUCUCUCCAGACCAGUGGAUGUUUCAAAGUUUGGUGUCAUUUUUGCUGGUGCCCAAAAAAAUAUUGGUUGUGCCGGAGUCACAGUGGUAAUACUGCGUGAGGAUUUACUUGGAUAUGCUCUGAAAGAGUGCCCCAUUGUGUUGGACUACAAAGUGCAAGUAGAAAACUCUUCGUUAUACAACACACCUCCAUGCUACAGUAUCUAUAUCAUGGGCUUGGUCUUGGAGUGGAUAAAAAACAAUGGUGGUGUUACAGCUAUGGAUAAACUCAGCCAGAUUAAAUCACAAAUGGUUUAUGAUAUUAUCGAGAAAUCCAAUGGAUUCUAUGCAUGCCCCGUGGAAAAAAAAAGCAGAAGCAGAAUGAACGUUCCCUUCCGGAUUGGCAGCAUUAAGGGUGAUGAAGCUCUAGAAAAGGAAUUCCUUGAAAAAGCUGUAGAAAACCACAUGAUAUCUCUGAAAGGUCACAGAUCUGUGGGAGGAAUUCGGGCAUCUUUGUAUAAUGCGGUGACGAUUGAAGAUGUUGAGAAGCUAGCAACGCUGAUGAAAAGCUUCAUGAAGCUGCACUCAUAACAAACUAAAUUAGAUGGUGUUGUGAUGAACCACUUUUGAAAUAAACCAGCAAAGAAUUAGUAAUUAGAAAAAAUUAAUACAAAAUAUUCCAUGGCAUUAUAUUUUUGAAACAAAGAUGUUGAUGUUUUUUUCUGGCCAGUCAAAUAUGCAUAGCAGUUUUGGCUGACUUGAAGACAGCCAAGCUGCACCUUUGACCCUAAAACCAGUGCUUGUUUCUGUGACUGUUCAGUGGUCCAUAAAAGGAUUGGUAAGAUUUUAAUUUUUAAACAGAUUAUAUCGGUCAUAAGAUACCAAGAAUUCUCUGGAACGUACACUCAAUGCCGUACACAAUCUAAGCUUGUAUAAAAUAUAUUUAAGUAUACUUUGUUACAUUUUCCCGACGUUUGUUUCUUCCUUGAUUUAUUUAAUUUUUAAAGUCUGAAUCUUCAGCUUGAGCUGGCCAUUUUUUCAAUGUCUGAUCAUUCCAAGUGCCUAUCUCUAAAAGUGCCUAAAGAAACCGCCGCCAAUUAUGCAGACCACCGGCCUCAAUCUGGCAAAUAUUUUGAAACAAUAUAUGCCUAAUGAAUUGAAGGCCUGGCUCAAUUGUUAUUCUACAACUGUUAACAUACAGUUCCAAGGUGCAGGAUUUUUUUUUUACUUUUAAAAUAGUAUGCUUAAAUCAUUUUGGCAAUCUUAAAUUCUCACAAAAGUAAAAAAAUUCUUUCGUAUCCUUUCCCCUUUUGAAGUCAACAUUACUUUCAUAUUUUUAUAAAGCUGAGUUGACCCCAAAGUUCACCUUUGGUCAGAUGUAUAAUUUUGCUUUUUCAGAAAAGGCAACUGCAGUAAGCUGGGACUAAAUGUGUUCUGCACACUUAAUUCAUAGAAUCAAACUUAAAAGAUUGGAAGGAUCCAUGGAGAUCAUCUAGUCCAACUCCCUUCCCAAUGCAGGGUUCCUGUCCUCAGCCCUGCAUGGUCUCCAUCUAGGAGAAUUGGCACCUGUGAAACAACUCAUAUUCUUUAAUUUUGAAUGCCAUCUUCAUAUAUUGUGAUCUUCAUACACUCCCCAUAUUCACACCCUCAAUCCAAUUCUCUCACCUGUCCAAUAAAAAAAGUAAAACAAUUAGAACCUCAAAAUUAACUAUAUUGUUAAUUUAUAACAUUGAACAAUCUCUCCCCAGCUGCUUUUUACAAAACAAAAUAGCACAUUAUAAGUUGGUGGUUUGAUCAGUUUCCAUCUCCUUAAAAUGGAAGCUUAUCACACAGGGAACAGAAUUUCCAACUGAAUGCAGAAUUAUAUAGCGUUCAAUAUGGAUACAGAAUCAUAUCUGGGUAGAAGGCCAUAUGUUGUCUCAUGGGAGAAGCAUUGAGGACUAUAUGAAGGUGGGGAAGGUGUCCAUCUCCAGAGUAAGCUAUAUUUUGCUUAAUUCCAAUCAUUUUUAACCAGAUGUUUGACCUUUCCAAUCACAUCUAGAUUUAAAAGUAUUACAUUAUGAAAGACCUUCUGUCUUCUACAGUAUCUGCCUGUCCUGUUGUGAUAGUUCAUAUACUUUGGGUCUUUCUAAUAAAAAGUUCUCCCUGGGAUUUGUAUAUGUCUUGUUCAAACCUGGUUCUUCAAAAGUGGCAUUUCAUCCAGCUUUGAAUUAAGUUGGAUAGCAGGCUCCUUUGAUGUUAGUUUUAUUCUUUCCAGAUAUAUGCAAUUUUAUUUUCCCAGUGUUGUUAAUUUGCUUUUAAUAUUGUAUGUUGCUCAGAGUCACUAUAAAAUCAGUCAGCUGUACAAAUGGGAUAAAUACAUUUUAAAGAAAUAUUGGCUUCUUUAGUUUAAGACUAAAACUGCACAAGAUUCCUUCAGAAAUUGCAUUGCACAUCAUUUUGUACAGUAUUAACAUUAUUUAAACAUCGUUACUAUAAAUAAUAUUCCUUGUUUAUUUCUUGGCAUAAUGUCUGAAGUAGAUGGCCAUGUACCCCUUUAAACGACAUAAGCGUGUCUGCUGAUUUUAAAAUAGCAAUGUUUUAUUUUUUGUAUUCCAUC